AGUUGCUAACAAGAAUAACCCGAAUAAGGUUAAGGUAGUAUCCCUAUCCCACCAAUCGCCAGCGGGGCUCCAAUUUUGUCCAGGAAAACCUUAUCCCCGAACUUGCAGGACAAGGCGAAAACUAUCGCAUUCAGAAAUCUUCAUACUCCCAAGUCCAAGAAACAUGGGUGUCCCAGCCCAAAAUGGUAACGAACGGCUAAGAACAAUUUGGACACCUGGAAUGGAUCGGUAUUUCAUUGAUCUGAUGUUAGAGCAGGUUGGAAAAGGAAAUAAAUUUGAUGAUCAUCUGUUCAGCAAACGAGCAUGGAAGCACAUGUCCUCAAUGUUCAAUUCAAAGUUCAAAUCUCAGUAUGAAAAAGACGUUCUAAAAAAUCGCCGCAAAACAUUAAGGAAUUUGUAUGGGACUGUAACAACGCUUCUUGCCUAGGCAGGGUUUUACUGGGAUGAGAAGCGAAAAAUGGUGACCGCUGAUGAUAACGUUUGGGAUGAAUACAUCAAAGUACAUCCGGAUGCCCGAUCAUAUAGAAUAAAAAGUAUUCCUUACUUCAGUGACUUGUGUACUAUUUAUGGACAUGUACUGACUGCAGAAAAAGAUGGUAAGGAAUCAGAUGGGUCAUCUAAUUCAGGUGACAAUGGAGCCACCAUAGGCAGACAAUCUAACAAUGUCAGUGAGGAUAUCAAUGAGGUUCUUCACAAUACAAAGGUUGCAGAAAACCAUGGAGUUUCUAUACCAGAUAAUGCAAAUGAUGAUUUUAAGCUAAGUUUGCCAAAGGAAACAACAGCCACUUCUUUCAGCCGUUCUCGCACUUAUUGGCAGCCCCAAAUGGACCAUUAUCUUAUUAACUUGAUGCUUACCCAUGUGCACAAAGGAGACCGGAUUGAUGGUGUAUUCAGCAAACAAGCAUGGAUGGAGAUGAUUUCAUCAUUUAACGAAAAUUUUGGUUUUCACUAUAGUGCAGAGAUUCUUAAAAAUCGAUAUAAAACUCUAAGAAGGCAGUAUAAUGUUAUUAAAAGUCUACUUCAGUUGGAUGGGUUCGUCUGGGAUGAUGCACGGCAGAUGGUUACUGCUGCUGAUUGUCUCUGGCAAGAUUACAUCAAGGUUCAUCCAGAUGCGCGGCAGUUUAUGACCCGACCUGUGCCGUAUUUUAAGGAACUGUGUGUCAUAUGUGAUCCAACUUUUGAUGAAAAAGAAUCUCCGCAUCAAGAUUUAGAUAAACAAAAUUCAGUUGGAGAGAAGAGCAUGGGGGCAUCUGAAACUGGUCUAUCUCCAGCUGUAUCCGAUCAUAUUGAAUACCAAGGUAGUAAUGUCUGGGAGUUAACACAUGAUGGAGAGAAACACAAGCGCCAAUUAGAGAAGUGUUUCGAUUCCACUUGUCCCAAAAGACUAAGGGGCGAUGAACAAGGCAUGGCUAGUGCUCUCCAGGAGAUGGUGACUACUGUUUCUUCUCUGUCAACAAAAAAGAGUGAUGAUAACUCGGUACCGAUAGAGGUUGCGAUACAAGCAGUACAGGCUUUGGCUGACAUGGAUGAAGAUCUGGUUUUGGAUGCUUGCGAUUUUCUGGAGGAUGGAAAGAAAGCAAGAACUUUUCUGGCACUGGAUGUUAAGCUACGGAAGAAAUGGUUGCUUAGGAAGCUCCGUUUGCAGGCUUAGGGUGUGUUUGGAUAACGUACUUUUAAUUUUUAAAAAGUGUUUUUGAAUAAAAUAUUUUGCAUGGAACCACAUAGUGAAAGUGCUUUUAGAAAGUUGUAAAAAGUGUGUUUGCUGAGCAUGGCCCCAUGCCUUGUCA